GAAUUGACAGGUAAGUUGUGGAUGUGUUUCAGGUGAGUACAAAGAGAAAGAUGAAGGGAUAUUGCUAAGCUGAAGAAAGUAAUGCUGACCCAAAUACUAAUUUUAAAGCUGGUAUCCGUAAUGUCGUUGGUAAUAUCCGUCUGUUUAGUACAUUGUAGAAAAACACAACUAGACACUUACUGUAAUUUAUGAUUUCCACCGCCGGUCAGUUUUAUACUAGAAGGAACAAACCAUCUGUGUAUUUUAACCAAUCAAAACUCAGCUGCAUCCAGUAAGGACAGGAUGUACACCAAAACUGUUUAUAUUUCAUAUGGUCAGCAUGCACGUGUUUCUCUGUGCGGUCAUUUUUUCGGUGCUCUCUGAAACGUGGACAGAUUAUGGCUCAAAUGAUAAUUUCUGCGUCACGCAGAUGCAGAAAUGAUAAUUUGAGCUGACAAACUGAUGAGGAAGUUCGGAUUUCAAGCUUCCUGGCACUCUUCUGUGAUAAUUCAGCGGUUUUGGUGUACUGUUGUACGAAAGAUUUUCUGCAUUAAAUAUUCAUAAAAUCGUAUAUCAUCUGAGUUACUGAGUACAGACAAACACAAACUGCUAAAGCUUAUAACAAGAAUUCAACACAUCCAUUAAACAUUCCCAGUGCUGGUGAAAAGGGGAGUGAAGUUUUGAAUUUAAUAACUGGUUGAUCGUCCUUUGGCAGCAACCAGCUUAGAUCAUUUUUAUUUCAAAUAGAUUGUGUUGGUUCAUUGUAAAUGAGUUCACAAUGCAGAUCAUUUCAAAGGGUUUGGUCAGUACUUGUUAAUGAAUGAACAUCCAUGAAGAUACAGUUUUUUACUGCGGGAUGCAAAAAAGAAUUGAAAUGUUACGGAUUUCAGCUUUAAUAACUGGACUGUCUAAUUCACCAAUCAUAGGCCAUGUUUUAUUGUGACAUUGGCGUAGAGUGACGAUUUUUUUCCUUGACUGACGGAUUAUGGGACCUUUGUAUACCAGACAAGAAAUGUCAAAUAUAUUAUUUGGAAUAAAUGCAGGCAUAAGUCCUUAUUGAGUCUUUUCUUUUUAAGGCAAACUGAUGAGCGUGAAGCUUUCGACUAGCCGCCUGCGUACUGCGCCGGGAAUGGGAGAAAGAUCGGGUUGUUAUCGUUGCGGGCAGGAAGGCCACUGGUCCAAAGAGUGCCCUCUAGACCAAAAUGGCCUCCUCAAAAACGGUUCAGAGCCAGAGUCUGAUGGAUACGAUGCCUCGAGAUUUGGCGGGCGUGGUCACGACAGUGGUUUUCAUCCAGACUUCACUGGUGAACCCGAUUAUGGUGGCGGCUAUGCUCCUGUACAUGUUUUUUCCCGUGGUUCUGGUCACAGCACGAUGGCGGGGUACAGAAGGGGUGCGGGCUAUGAGAGUGCAAUGAGAUACGGGCCGCACCCAGGUUAUGGCAUAAGCUCUGUUGCUGAUCAGAGCAUGGCUCAGAUGUAUGGGAGCGAGGUGGCAUACCGGGGCAAUGGCUCACUCUAUGGCGCGGUACCAGCCUACCCGAUGCGACGGUCACCUUACGAGGAAAGGGAUCCGUACAGUGUUGGAGACUACUAUGAAAAGUACAGGGCCAAUUCUUACGGAGGCAGUUAUUUCGAGGAACGCGGCGCCGUCCCCUUACCUGCUCCAUCAACCGCCUCCAUAGCUAUUAUUCGGGACCGUCUGCCCCCCUCUAGCCUUGACCCAUACAAGUGCCCUCCCCUCCCUCCUCCACCAGCCCCAGUCUCCUCAUACUAUGCACGUGACCGGAGUCCGAUACGGAGAGUCCCUGCUGAGGCAGAUGGAUACGCAUUUGAUCGUUCGCGCCUUUCCCCGGGGCUGACCCUCCCAAGAAGCACUGCCUAUGAACAUCCUCGGGAUCCCGGUGCUGAGCGGACAAGAUAUGCAUACUAAUCGGUGUCCCAUACAGCAAGAUAGGAUAGCCCAUGUUCAAUUGGAAUUACUAAAAAUGAAAUGUUACACUGUGUCUCAUUGGUAAUAUUAGGGGGAAUGUCAGCCCUGUAUAUUUGACACGUGUUGGUAGUGUGGACAAGGUGACAAUAAAGCUUUCCAAUAUUCCAAAAGCUAGAAUUCAGUGGAAAUGGUUGAAUGCACUCACAUUACGCUGUGAUCUCAUUCCAGCUUAUACUACAAAAUGCUGAGCAACUAAUGCUCAGUUGACGUCCGUUCAUCUUCCUAUUUACAUGUUGUGAUAUUGGUGCAGUUCUGAAAUGGCGUAGUUUAAUGUGAAAGUGCAGAGACUGAUGAACAAGCCCCCCCCCCCCCCCCCCCAGAUAAUAGUUGUAUGUUCAUACAAUAUUUAUGAUUCAUUCAUUUAAUAAAAACACAUCAAAUUAAUGCAUGGUGCAUGUUUUAGAGGUGAGUCUUAGGGUUAUGUUUAUAACAUUUUAUGAAUUAUUUCCAGGUUUUUUUUUUUGUAUUUCUGUCUACUUAUUUGUAUUGAUGUAUGUUUACCUUGUUACUGCAUAUAUAAAGCAAUGGCUAAAUAAAUCUCAAUACCUUAUGCCUCAUCACCUACAUUGUUCAAUGGGAGGGAUGGGGGUCAAAUGUCAAACCUGUACAAAUAUAGACCUGCACAAAAUGAAAAAUUAUUAUACUUUUAUAGUUGGGUAAUAUGAAACUUAUUUGUGAAAUUAUGUUGAAGAACUUUCCAAGCUGCAUUUUGGUCUUGUUUUUUAGUAGUCACAUCACUUGUAUUCAAUUUAUUUUCAGUGCUGUGAUAAAUAUGAGGCUUCAAGCUUUAAACAUAUGUUUUAGUUCAAUGAGAAAAUGACAUCAGUUGCUUGUGCUGUCUGUCUUGAUUAAAAUCGGUUCAUAGACUGUGA